CAAUUAAGGUAGACGAACUAGUCAACGCAGUAUCGAAGUCUUUCAGCGCCAUCGCGCGGCGCACAGAGGAAGGGGAGGAAGCAAAGCUACCAAAAUCGAACCUAAACCCUUACAGCACUGCUCGAAGAAGAAGAAGAAGGAGAAGGAGCGACGACAACUGAAUCAUGGCUCUCGCGUCUCGCUUCUUUCCCAAAUCGAAACAGUUGUAUGGUGGACACAUCCUGCUGCAGCAAGAGCAUGCUAUACCUGUUCGCUUUUUUGCCAAAGAAGUUGCUCCUCCUGCCCUUAAAGGAGAUGAGAUGUUGAAGAACAUUUUCCUGGACGUCAAAAAGAAAUUUGAGACAGCAAUGGGGGUACUGCGGAAGGAAAAGAUCACAAUAGACCCUGAUGAUCCGGCUGCAGUACAGCAAUAUGCGAAGGUUAUGAAGACUGUUAGGGAAAAGGCAGACUUGUUCUCUGAAUCUCAACGAAUUCAGUACACCAUUCAAACACGAACACAGGGAAUUCCUGAUGCUCGAACUUAUCUAUUGACAUUGAAGGAGAUACGAAUCAGGAGGGGCCUCACUGAUGAUCUUGGUGCAGAAGCUAUGAUGAUGGAUGCACUAGAAAAGGUUGAAAAAGAAACUAAGAAGCCACUCUUGCGGAAUGACAAGAAGGGAAUGGUUCUUCUCAUGGAAGAAUUUGAUAAGAUCAAUAAAAACCUAGGAAUUCAGAGGGAAGAUCUGCCCAAGUAUGAAGAACAGCUGGAACUGAAAAUUGCAAAAGCCCAGUUGGAGGAGCUGAAGAAAGAUGCUCUCGAGGCAAUGGAAACUCAAAAGAAAAGGGAGGAAUUCAAGGAUGAGGAGAUGAUGGAUGUGAAGUCACUAGACAUCAGAAACUUUUUGUGAAGCUGAGUAUUGGUGGUGGUGCCUAUCUGUUUUCAAUUCAGCAACUGCAUGGUUCAGUUGAGUGAAAUAAAAAGGAAUAAUGGAAUGUAUUUCUGUUGAGGGCUUGACUGCCACUACACCACACCGGACCAGACCAGAUUGAGAUUAAUAUGAAAUCAAAUUCGAAGGUGGGUCUUUUAAAAUAUUGUUUUCUUACCCUUAGCCUGACUAGUUUGUUUGUACUUCUCUGUCUUUUGAGACAUUUUUAAAUUAUUAUGAUUUUUUAAAGUAUUUAAUAAAAUGUUACUCUUUCCAAUCA